AGUAAGGCUUACACGAUCUACCCAAAUAAAGGAUCUGAAUUCUAGGUUUACUGUGAUCAGAAGACAGACGGGGGUGGAUGGAUGGUUAUACAAAGGAGACAUGAUGGAUCAGAAAAUUUAUUCAGAACCUGGAAUGAGUACAAAACUGGGUUCGGAAAUCUGACGAAUGAGUUUUGGCUAGGGAAUGAAAAAAUUCACACAAUUACAGAAUCAGGAAAUUACAACCUGAGAAUCGAUAUGAAAGACUUUUCCAAAAAUUCUCGUCAUGCAAGCUUUAAAACAUUUCAGGUUGGGAAUGAAAAAUCUGGAUAUGUUUUGAAAGUCUCAGGCUACAGUGGAAAUGCUGGCGACUCAUUGUCUAACCAUAAUACUGCAAAAUUCGUUACACAGUAUCGAAAUGAUGGACACGGUUGUGCAAAGAAAUAUAAAAGCGGAUGGUGGUACAAAAACUGUCAUCGCUCUAAUCUUAAUGGCCAAUAUCUGAAAGGUGAGCAUAAAUCCUAUGCUAACGGUGUGAACUGGUAUCACUGGAAAGGAUACCAUUAUUCUCUGAAACUAACUGAAAUGAAAAUCAGAAGAGCAAACGUCUGAGUCUGAAAAUCAGACCAAGAGAUGAAGAAUGAGGAAAAUCAAACCAAAAAAUGAAGUGUCCAAUUUAUUUGUUCACAAAUAA